AUGCUGAAAGAGGUGGCAUUCCUGGAGCUGCUGGACGGUGCUGGGGGAGCACCCUAUGUGCUGUGCACCUAUCCUGAGGAGGCGUGUUUCUUCAUGACCUACGCCGGCGCCGAUAAUCUGGACAGCUUGCUCCAGAAACAUAGAAGAGGGGUCGUCCACAUGGAUGAUCAGUUUUCCCUGCUGAUAAUUAAGGAAAUGAUCGUUAAACUGAUGGAAAUACACGAAAAGGAAGUGGUGCACGUGGACCUAAAGUCCGAUAAUGUUGUUAUAGAUCACAGCGACCCAAUGGCGCCCAAGGUUUCUAUUAUAGACUUCGGAGUCUCUACUUUCGUUGGACGAGUCUCCCCCUUUGAAACCACGUACGAAAACGGAGCAGAUAAAGAGCUGAAACAGACUCCGUGGUACUCAUAUGAGACGAUCAUAGGGGAGCCCCUCACCUGUAGCACGGAUAUCUUCGGCUUGUCUCUAAUGAUCCUUGAGAUCAUUCAAGUCAUGGUGCGCAAGCCUCGCGAACUUGAGACACUUGCAAAACGGGGAAUAAGCCGCAAAACGGAAAUGAGGCCAACAACAGAAGAGCUGUUGGACUCUACCCUGGAUGCUAUCUCAAGUUAUUGA